GAUGAACGGAUGGGCGUACGAGAAGCAUAACAUGGACAAUUAUUCAUCGGUGAGCGCCGACGACAGCAACAAGUUCAACACUUCGGUUGAGACACCUUGGCGGCCUACGGUUUUCCAACCGGUUCAGGAACUGAUGACUUUUGACGCAAACCAUUUGAUACGAAUGGCAGAGCAAAGAGGACUAUUCGGCAAACCUGUUAAAGGACGCAAACAAAAAAUUCCUAGUCCCAUUAUAUUGCUGUCUUUGACCAAUAGCGAUGAACCCAGAGUGAUGUUGAAAUUUGAGCAAAUGCGCGUUUUGGUGCCUACACACGCAUUUCUACAACGUUGUUCCAGAAAACCACCACAAUGUCCUCGUUUUGGUAAACCUUAUGAUAAGACGUCCAUAGCUACUCGCUGGUGGAAAAUAAGCGUACACCAUAUAAUCAAAGCACUGAGGAAACCUUUUUUUGCAUGGAACAAGGUACAAAUGGUUAGAUUUGGAAAACACACAAAUAGAACACCAUUAAGAUUGAAAAAAGUCACUACAUUUUUCAAACCGCAAAAAACGAAACGGAUUUAUUCGUGUUCAUAAUAUAUAAGUUUGUGACGUAUAGU